CUCCUCCCCAACCACCUCCACAACACCCUCUACCCGCAACCAUGACUCGCAAGCUCUUUGUCGGCGGCAACUUCAAGAUGAACGGUGACCUCGAGAGCCUCACCAAGCUCGUCCAGCAGUUCAACGAGGCCGACGUCGACGUCGAGAGCGCCGAGGUCGUCAUCGCGCCGCCUGCGCUCUACAUCCUCCCCCUCAAGGAGCACGCUCGCGCCGGCAUCCAGGUCGCCGCCCAGAACGCCCACCAGCUCCCGGCCGGCGCCUACACUGGCGAGAUCUCGCUCCAGCAGCUCAAGGACAUCGGCCUCAAGUGGGUCAUCCUCGGCCACUCGGAGCGCCGCACCAUCUUCCACGAGUCGGACGAGCUCAUUGCCGAGAAGACCGCCGCUGCGCUCAAGGCCGGCAUCCAGGUCAUCUUCUGCAUCGGCGAGACGCUCGAGGAGCGCGAGGGUGACAAGACUGAGGAGGUCGUCACCCGCCAGACCGAGGCGCUCGCCAAGGUCAUCUCGGAGGACGACUGGAAGCACAUCGUCGUCGCGUACGAGCCCGUCUGGGCCAUCGGUACCGGCAAGGUCGCGACCCCCGAGGUCGCCCAGGACACGCACAAGAUGAUCCGCAGCUUCCUCGCCAAGCGCAUCUCGCAGAAGGUCGCCGACGAGACCCGUAUCAUCUACGGCGGCUCGGUCGCCGGCAAGAACGCCAAGGAGCUCUGCAACCAGCCGGACAUCGACGGCGCCCUCGUCGGUGGCGCCUCCCUCAAGCCCGAGUUCGUCGACAUUAUCCGUGCCGCCGAGGAGAGCUUCAAGGCCAAGAGCAAGCUCUGAACGGCUCGUUCGCCUCUUUCAAGGGUCGGCGAGGCGCAGCAGCUGCAGGGCACGAGGGCCGAGUAGAUAGGGUUUUAUGCGACUGACAAAAGGAAACCAAAGCAGUUCGUGCCU